GGACAGGGGGCUGUGUAAAGGGGGGAAGAAAAAACGAAAGGAGAGAGUAGGGAGGUGGUUUGCAGAACCGCUUGACUGGACACACUGUAGCUCCCACGACCCUGUGCAGAGUAAAAGAGAGAGGUAGAGGGAGAGAGGGAGAGGGAGAGAGGGAGGUGGAAGGAGAAGAAACGGGGUAGGCCUCGGCCUAGGUUUUAGGGGAAAGGUUUAUACACUCAAAGAAGAACCCCGUUCUAGGCAUGAAUAGCAUGGACACGGAAACUUUGAGAAUGCACUAUUAUCUAGGCUAUAAUGGCAUGAUGCAGUUCGAUGCUGUUUGACUACACGUUGGGCUGCAUGCAGUAACCAUAUGCCUAUCAAUAGAAUGAUGUGGAGAAGUUUUAGAACAAAGGGAGAAAAGGUAAGAUUCUGUAAAUUUAGAAAUUGUGUGUAUAAAGGAUCCGUGCAAAGUAGCCUAUAGUAGGCGAAUGCACAGUUAAGGUGAUCCUACAUUGGAGUGGGGGAUGAGAAAACUGAAAAAGGGACUUCUCUCCUUCCCUCCCCUCCCUCUUCUGAGUGUUGGCCCUCUCUGCGCCUCUUCGUUCUCCCUGCCUCCCUUUCUUCUCGCUCCCCCAUUCCUUAAGAAUAUGCAAAUCACGCCCUCUCCCUCUCUUUCUCUUCCUCGAAGUGCAUCCCUUGCUCGCCCUCAGUAGAUUUUGUGACUGUACCGACGGCAAAAAGUGCAAGUCGUCUUGACGGAGGAAGGGGGAGAAAGAGACGGGGGAGAAGGGGGUGGGGAAGAGGCAAACGUACGCAUCAAUACAGUCUUCAGCGGCACCCCGUUUUUUCCUGCAACGAUUUGGGAAGGAGAGAGAAAAUUCUGCAUUAUUUGCGGAACCGUUGCAAUAUGAUCCAGCAGCCUCUGUUUAUAGGUGCGCGUGCUGCUCCUAUGUGUGCAUGUCAACGUACAGUAUAAACCGAGAGAGACGGUUAAAGAAAGGGAGAGUGAAAGGGGACACGCAUCGCUGGAUAUCAUAGGUUGUAGAAGCUCAGAUGGUGGUGAGGUGAUUUUCAGUCCUACAGAGAAAGACAAGGACACCACUUCAUUCACCGCUAUGGCCUGUGGGGAGGGGUGGACAUCAUAAAGGAGUAACGAUGAAAACUCGAACUCACAAAGAAUCGAUGCCAAUGCGCAGUGGGCGGAGGCGUGGGGGAAGCAACGAGGAGAGGAGGGGUAGACGCCCGCAUCCCAGCCCUUCUCGUGCAGAACGAAACGACAGGCAGACGCAAAGAGCUGCUGGCGAGGAAUUGGCUGUCAGUCGCUUCAAUCACAGAUCGCAAGGCCAUGAUUCGUCAGAGAGUGAAGGGGAGGAACUUGUGCCUCCACCAAAGAGGCAGAAAGUCCAGGAUUCUUCCUCUGCCACCAACCCACCGACUUCAACUCAUUCAACUGACAGUACUCCCCCCACUAUACCGCCCCCACCCUCGGCUCCCAGACAGUCACGUGACAGUGACAACGAGGAUGGCCAAUCCCAGGGCAGCAGGAGCUCAGUUGUAGGGAGCUUGGCCAAUAGCCUGAGCAGUGGGCGGGACAUCGACCAGGACAAUCGAUCUUCCUCCCCGAGUCUCUCUGCCUCCCCUCCAGCCAGUUUAGACUCUGACUCUGAUGGUCCAGACUCACCAAAGCAAGGAGAGGGAGAACGGGAGAAAAGGAAAGAGGGAGGAGUGGGGAAGACAGGAGGAGAGGAAAGGAGAGCAGCCAGAGAGGGGAGAGGGGAUGAAUCUUGCGGAGAUGGAGAAAGGAAGGAUGGAGGAAUGGAGGACAGCCCUUCUCUGAAGCUGCCAUCCUCCAUCUCUUCCUCUGCUCCUGUUCCCUCUCUCUGCGGAGCAGGGGAUUCAGCCAAUGACAACAAUAGUGGCAGGAAGUCCUAUUUCUCACAGGACUCCAAGCUGGUGAGUAAGAUGGAGUAUGGACCGGCCAGCGCUGACACUGUGCACAGUGGCAAUCGAAUGAACUCCAAAGCUAAAGCGCAGUGCGUGACCAAGGCAACUGUCGCCGGGGGAGACUAUCCCCACGGCAACCCCAACAUUCCACACCCCCCUCCACCACCCCUUCCUCCUCCACCAGCGCUGAAACCCUUAGAACUAGGGGGGCAGAACCUACCCUCAGAAGUCAAGGUAGAGAGAGAGAAAAUGGAGAAAGGUGAGAAACUGAUGGACAACAAGACGGCUCCUCCCUCUCUGUUACCCCAAACCAGCCCCUUACCCCCCUCCCAGCCCCCGCCCCACCCCCACCACUACAGCCCCACCGGAUGGCAGGGAGGCACAGCAACCGGUUGCCAGGGGAGCUGGGGUUACACCCGUUACUCUGGUAACCACCAUGCUCACCAGCCGCAGCACCAACCCCCAGUGCAGCAGCAGCAACUGCCAUCCGUCUACAACCCCCCUUCCUCCCGUCAUUCAUCCUCCUCCCACCCCCCUUACCUCCCCCACCCCCACAAGGAGUACCUCCCCAGGUACGCUUCCGGGGGAGGGGAAAGGGAGAGGGGGGCGGCUGGCGAGAGGGAGAGGGGGGGAGUGAGGGUGGAGUAUGGGGGGAGGGAGAUAGGUAGAGAUUUCUCAGCUAGUAGUGGUGGUAACAGCAGCACUUCUGGUGGGAUGGGGGGUCCUAAUGGGGUCCAAGGGAGGGAGUUUGGGGGUCAGAACCGGGAGUACCCAGGCCUGGGACCUCAGGGCUCUGUGAGAGACCCCCCCAUGGGUCCUGGGGGAAGAGAAUUUGGACCAGGGGGGUUCAGAGAAAGAGAGAGGGAUAGAGAGAGGGAGAGGGAGGGAGAGAGGGAUGUAGGAGGAAGGGAGUUUCCUUUACUGAAUCGUAAUGAGAAUCAGAACAGAGAGUUUGGACCCACCGGUGCUGGGGGAGGAAGGGGGCACCCCAGAGACAAAGAGCGGGGGCGGUGGGGCGAGUUUGGGGGUCAAAUGAGAGAGGUGGGAGGCAAUGGUAACCCCAAUAAUAACCCCCUCCCCCUAGGAAACCCCCCAAGCUCGACCAGUGGGUUACCUGCAGCCCCCAUGCUAAACCGCGACCCCCCUUCCUCACCCCAAAACAACCCCAGCCACCCUACCCUACCCCCCCACCCACAUCCUCAAAGCGCCUCCAAACGAGACUACCCCCCAUCGAUGGACCAGGGACAGACAAGGCACAGUCCCCCCUCUGGACCAGAACACUUCCACAGAGAGUACCCUCCUGGGGCCAAGGACUAUCCCCCUGGUGGCCCACCCUCCACUGGCCCGGUCCGUGAGUACCCCAGCCCUCCCGGAAUGACUCCAAACCUGGGCCGAGACUACCCAGGUGGACCUCAGAUCCCCCACCUGCCCCACCCCCACUUUCCAGCCCAGCAGCCCAGAGACAGGGACCGAGAGAGGGACACCAACCAGCGAGAGUCGUCUCUCUACCAAAACCGUGGCGGUCCCCCCCAACCCCCGUCCCUUUCUCCCUCCUCUUCCUCCUCUACUCCUCAUGGACACCCUCCGAAUGCUCCUUACCCUCCUCCUCCACCUCCUCCCCCUCUCCCCACUCCCCAAUCCUCCCUCGCUCAGCCCCAACCCCCCUCCGGCCUGGGACCCAAUCAUGUUCGUCCGGCAAAUUAUUCUUCCUCCAAUCAGACUCCUGCAACACCCCUCUCUCCUUUAUUAAGCCCCUCGACCAAUCAGAUGGGAGGGUUUCCUUCCUACCCGCCAGGCUCCUCCUCCGGGGCUAACAUGUCACUUCCUGGUUCAGGUGUGUCACCUGGCUGUCGGCCCUCACCUUUUCACAGCACUUUGAACAGCCACGCCCCCUUCAGCGGCCCCUACCACCCCAAUGGGAACAGUGGGAACAACCUGGUCCCGACUAACAGCAAUAGUAACAGUAGCAGUGGCAGCAGCCAUACCAACUCUCUCUCUCAGUCCCUCUCACCUCAAAACGCCUCAAAAGGACCCCCACCUCUUAGUAACCCCGGCAACAACAAUGGCACUUCGGCCCCUGGCUGUAGCUCCUCACUUCCUAGAGAUGGGCAUUCUGAUUCGUCCACAGGUCCACCUCCCCCACCUGUUAUCAAGGAGGAACCAAUAGAGGAGAGGGAGGAGAGUGAAAGCCCACCUCCUGUUUUGAGAAGCCCCUCCCCUGAGCCUAAGCCGGUGGACAUUCCGAUCCACGCCAGCCAAUCAGCACGGUUCCACAGGGUUCUAGAUCGGGGCAGUGGAAACUCCUGCGCCCGCAGCGACGUUCUCUUCGUCCCCCUGGACGGCUCCAAACUGUGGAAGAAGAGGAACGAGGUGAUCGAGAGAGCCCGGAGAGAGGUGGAGCAGAGGGCCAGAGACCUGAGGGAGAAAGAGCGGGAACGAGAGAGGGAGAGAGAGAGGGAGCGGGACCUGGAGAGGCAUCUACAACAACAGAAGGACAAUAACAAUGCAAAUAUACAACGCCAGGGAUCCUCUCUCUUCUUCCCCUCCUCCUCCUCCAUCCUCCUCGACCCUAACUCCUCUUCUAACCCUGGGUCUCACCCUCAACCUCACCCCCAGCAGCACCACUCCCACCCUCACCCCCACGCUCACCUCCACCCCUCCCACCUCCACCCCUCCCUCUCUCAACACAUCCCACACUCCCUCCUCAUGCAAUCAAUGGGGGGGUUCAACGGUGGUUGGCCCACAGGGGGCUCUGGGGAUCGGUUCCAGAACCAUGCCCUGGCCCACCCACAUCACAUGCCUGCUGAUGCAGCCACAGCGGCAGCCAUCUUGGGUUUCCUCUAUGGGGGCAGUAUGGAGGGAGGGCCAGGGGGGCAUGGAGGAGGACAUGGGGGGAUGGGGGGUGCAGGGUUAGGGGGGAUGGGGUUUCCCCAUGCAGUGGCAGCCCACCGUGAGCGCAUGAAGCCGGGGUUUGAGUUUAAGAGUGAGGACAGGGUGUACCAGCCGGGCUCCUUGGGAGAUCCUACGGCUCUCGCCCUCGCCCACUCCCACUCGCAUGCCCACGCACACGCUCAUGCACAUGCUCACUCCCUACUGCUGGGGGGAGGGGGUGGAGAACCCUCCUCCCGCCCCUCAGUCCCUCUCCAACCCUCCCUCCUUCUCCCUGCUUCCUCCCUCGCUCCCCUCUCACCCUGCACCUGCAUCAGCCCCUCCACCCCCGGCCCCCGCAGCUGCACCUCUGCCCGCUCCUCCUCCACCCUCCUCCAACCCUGUUUCAUCCCUCCAUCACCCCGCUCCGCACUCCUUUCCCAGCUCCCUCCCCCAUCUCAACCCCCACCUGCCCCCGCCCCGGUGACCGCCCCUUCCGAGACCUACCCCCCUCCCACUCGCUCCCCCACCACCUCUGAGAGAGAAAGGAGUGGAGAGAGGGAGAGAGAAAGAGAGCGAGACAGAGCGGGGCUUCCAGCCGGUGGAGAGAGGGGACGAGAGAGGGAGAGGGAGCGAGAGAGAGAAAGAGAAAGAGGGGGAAGCAAUGGAAGUGGAGGAAGUGGUGGAAGUGGCGGAGGAGGAACAGGAGGAGGAGAGAUUCCGGGGCGUCUUCAGAUGUUGAACGUCACGCCUCAUCAUCACCAGCACUCACACAUCCACUCCCACCUGCACCUGCACCAGCAAGACACAGCGGCGGGCGGGGUGCACCCCCUGAUGGACCCGUUGGCGUCGGGGUCUCCCCUGGCCCGCCUGCCCUACCCAGGGGCAACGCUGGGCACCCCCAUCCUGGCACACCCCCUCACUGAAAGCGAGGUGCUACGACAACAGCUCUUCGGCGCUCCGUUCCGUGAGCUGCCCCAGCCCUCCUCUCUGACAGGUUCCAUGUCAGCGGCCCACCAGCUCCAGGCCAUGCAGCAGGCCCAGAGCGCAGAGCUGCAGAUCCAGAGACUGGCCCUGGAACAGCAGUGGAUCCACCACCACCACUCCCUCACCCAGGACGAGUACUACAGCCACUUAAAGAAGGAAAGCGACAAGACCCUGUAAGGGAGGAAAAGAGAGGGGGAACAAGCCCACGGAUGACAAACCCACAGGAGGAAGAAAGGAGAGAAAUAUCUGCAAAGGAAGAAGAAAACAACAAAACAGAAGCACUAAAACAAUGAAGGAAGAGUCAAAUGAAACCAUAGACUGGACACACAUCAUACCAUAGGAACCUGAGGAGAAAUGAACUGAUUGAGAAACCAGAUGAAAAAAGGGAGAGAUGGAUGAGAGGAGUGAAAACGUUGCUCACAGUCUGUGUUGUCUGUACUAUACCAUAGCCCCAGACUCUGGGCGCAUCACAGCGUAUGUUGUUCGACUCCAGUCAGUUUUGUAUUGUGCCCUGUACAGUAUACUAGGUGGGAGCAGCAAUAUAAUACAGUACAGUCUGGUGUAAAUGACCUUAUGCCAGGAAGAAUGUGUACAUGAGGCUCUCUUUUAUGUCAUUGCAUGUAGCUAGGCGCUUAUUGUGAACUGGUUGAACUCCUGGUUCUAUUUUUAGUAAUCACCCUCUCUUUCCUAACGGAUGGGUGGUGUGUGAGUAUGCAUGAGAUCAGCGAUUAAGAAGUGUCAUAUUAUGUUAACGAUUAAUAGUAUUGUUAUUAUUAUUCAUGUCUGUUUGUUGAUAAUUCUAUAUACAUAUUAUUUGUAUUGUUAUUUUAUUACAUUUUCAUGGUAUGGCGGUUUCUUUAGUUUUUUAUUGUGAAACGAGAUGCAAAUGAAGGAAAUAGACGGAAGAUAAACGACAUCAUUUUUGGGGGAAAAUA